GGGGAGAGUGGGAGGGAAGCGGUUACGUGAUGCGGCGGAAGCGGAAAUGAGCGAGGAGGGCGUUACUUUCAAAAUAAGAUUCCGUGUACCGGACGGAGCUAGUUUGCAAAACACUCCACCUGCUCCGUCUGUGGAGAUGUGGCGCUCCUGCACAGCUCUGGUCUUUACGGUGGCGGCGGUAUCGACCUUCACACCCGUGCACGCCCUGGAGUUUUGCCGAAGUGCCGAUCCAGACUGCAGCGGACCCGCGGACGCGCAGGCCGCCCACGCUAGGUGGAACAAGGAUGCUGCAAAUCUUACUCAACAUCUGGAGCUGUUCAAGUUGUCCUGCAAGAAGCUUAUCGAAGCGUUGCCAGUCGACGAGAUUGACGGCAACUUUGUUCGCACAGUGAAGAACUGCAUAUUCUCCAAAUCCAAUCCGACUCCGCUAAGAGGCUCUUUGAGACUGGCAGCGGUUUCCAAGGUUGUCAUUGAGGGGAUCUUGGACGUAGACGUGGCGGUGACGCGGUCAGAAGACUUCCUGCUUUAUGCAAGCGGAGCCAAACUGCUGCCUGGUUCUGUUCCACUUGCUCACAGAUAUGGAGGUCAUCAGUUUGGCUACUGGGCUGGACAGCUUGGCGACGGUCGGGCACAUUUACUCGGGCAGUAUUUAAACAGGAAAGGGGAAACCUGGGAACUGCAGCUCAAAGGCUCUGGGAAAACUCCAUAUUCAAGGUCUGGAGACGGCCGAGCUGUGAUCCGCUCCUCAGUCAGGGAGUUCCUGUGCAGCGAGGCCAUGCACUUCCUGGGAGUCCCCACAAGCAGGGCGGCCAGCCUGAUUGUGAGCGAGGAGCCGGUGCUGAGAGAUCAGUUCUAUAACGGAAACGUGGCGACAGAGAGAGGAGCGGUUGUGCUCCGACUGGCCAGGUCCUGGUUCCGGUUCGGAUCCUUGGAAAUUCUGGCUGAAAACGGCGAGACGGAGCUUUUAAAAACGCUGCUGAACUUCGUCAUUCGGGAACAUUUUCCCCUGAUCCGUCCGGAUGACCCGGAUAGAUAUCUGGCCUUUUACUCCACGGUUGUCAGUGAAACGGCACGGCUGAUCGCUCGGUGGAUGUCGCUGGGCUUCGCUCACGGCGUGUGCAACACGGACAACUUCAGCCUUCUGUCCGUCACCAUUGACUACGGGCCGUUCGGCUUCGUGGACUCCUACGACCCCGGUUUUGUCCCCAACUCGUCUGACGAUGAAGGCAGAUACAGGAUGGGAGCCCAGGCUGAAGCCGGCUUGUUCAACCUGGAGAGGCUGCUGGUGGCCCUGGGCCCCGUGCUCACACAUGAGCAGACGAGACAGGCAAAGAUCGUUUUAAAAGGCUACCUCGAUAUUUACCAGAGGAGGAUUCGCCGGCUCUUCAGAGCCAAAUUGGGGCUUCUUGGUGAGGAGGAGGAGGAGGAGGAAGAUGACCAGCUGGUAGCCUUGCUGCUUGAGAUGAUGAAGGACACGCGGUCAGACUUCACCAUGACCUUCAGGCAGCUCAGCGAGGCUUCAUCCGACCAGCUCCGCAGCAGGAACCUCACAGAGAUGUGGGCUCUAGAAGACCUGUCGUCACACAGGCUCUUUUCUGAUUGGCUCGUCGCGUACCUGCAGCGGCUCAGCAGGCCGCAGAGUGAAGGCGACCUGCGUCGUCAGCAGAGGAUGAAACGUGUGAAUCCCAGGUAUGUGCUGAGGAACUGGAUGGCGGAGUCGGCCAUCAGGAAGGCUGAGCGCGGCGACUUUUCAGAGGUGGAGCUGCUGCACCGCGUCCUGACGGCUCCCUUUGUUACGCAAGACUCCGCAGAGGAGGCGGGCUAUGCAGCAAGACCUCCUCUGUGGGCUAAGGGGAUAAAGGUCAGCUGUUCUUCAUGAGGAAAACCAAGAAAUAGACGCGCUCCCUAACAAAUUAGAAUAAUAUUUAAAGGCGUUUAAUGUCAGCAGCGGCUCAAAAGGUGAAACCAAUGCUCAAUAAUUACACGGUACGCUGUUAUUCUAAUUCAUGUGGUGAUUGUGGCUUAUAGGUAGUGAAAACUGUACAUUUUUGUCUCUUAGAGAAUAAGAAUACCACAUUAGAACAACAAAAUAUGGAUCCUCUUUACAGAAAUGCUUACAAAAAUGGAGAAGAAUGCUGACUUGACAGUUUUUUUUCAGCAGACAGUCACUAAAGACCCUCCACAAAGAGGAUAAGCCACAGCAGGCCACACUAAUGUAGCUAGCUGCUCAUAGACGGUUUGAUCCAAUAAUAGUAACAGAGGGUUUAGUGUUAGAUAAAAGUAAUGAAAGAGGAAGAGAAACACUAGACCCCGCAGUGCAGAUGUGCUGAAGGCCUCCACAAAGCGUCCUUUAACACCUCAGCAGAGGCGCAGGUUGCGUCUCCUCCAUGCAAAGCCGUAUUGAUGCAGUUAGUCGUGCAAGAGGAGCCAGCAUCUGAGAAACUGGACCUGAUGUUUUGAUCCAAAUAAAGACAGAAACAUCUGUAGCGGCCUCUCUACUCCUCUUUAUAAAACUUUACCUCAGAAUGUUUUAUGAGAAGCAUAAAGAAAACUUUACAUU